AUGCUCUCCCGGGUCGAAACUCAAGGCGCCCCGACACAUCGGUUGGAGAUUGAGAAAUCGUUCAAUCGACAGCUCUACGCUCAUCAUCUUUCUCGAGCUGCCUGUUAUGGCACAAGGGUCAUUCUUCGGCAGAUUUCACCAGAGGCAAACGACAUCUUCGAUUUCAUCAUUGCGCUCCAUAAGUCUUGCAAUGGUCGCUGGAUUGAUUUGGUAACAAAGGGCGCUAUAACAAAACAGGAGCUAUAUGCCUUUCUCGAUUACGCCGCUCUAUUUUUGAGCAACAUUGGGAACUAUUUUGCCGAUGGCGACAACAAGAUCAUUCCCAACGUUUCUGCACAUGCUCUCGAGAGGCUCGCUAGAUACUCAAAUGAGACCAAGUCUGCCCUCGAGAAGGUCAUCGAACCCAUGUUAUCGACAGCGCCAUCGAGUUUUGGAUAUCCGAACGAAACUUCGCAGGCAAUUACUAUCCUGGAGAACAUCGAAUUACCCGGCAUGAGGUCUGAGUAG